GAGGGAGGCAUUAUCUCCACGACUCCACCUUGUCUUUUCAGUUGUUAUACCUCGCCCUAUAAACCAGUGCACAAAGAAAAACAAAAGAAAACCCAACUUCAACAAUUUGUCUUCCUGCUCUCUUACUUCAUCCGCAAUUUGGGCGUUUUUGUUUCAGUCUGAACAGCUUGAAAAUCAGUGUGUUUUCCAUGGAUAAAGGAGUGCCGCCUACUUUAUUUGUCAAUGAUGGUUCAUUUAUGGAGAGGUUUAAACAGCUUCAUCAAGACAAGGAUAAGGGUGCGGCGGUUGAGGAUAGUAGACCAAAAACAAAUUUAUUGAGGAGCUCAGCCUCUAAUACCUCUAGUAUUAAAAUUGGAACGGAAGUUAAGCAAAAUAAUCAGCAGAAAAAUGCUGCACCAGCUUCAGGUGGCAAGCUUGCGUUUAGCUUGAAGCAGAAAUCAAAACUGUUGGUCCCUUCUGUAAAGCUAAGUGACGAUGAUGAAGAGACGGAAAAUGCAUCAGAUGGAGUUUCUGCGAAACGACAGAAAAUGGGUCAACCAGAUGUUUCUGUUGUGUCAUCCAGAAAACUUGACGUUGCACCUCCCUCCCCAAGUGACCCUGCAGUGAAGAAAGCUGCAGACAGGCUAGCAAGUUUUGUGGCUAAAAAUGGAAGGCAAAUUGAAGAUAUCACUCGCCAGAAAAACCCUGGAAAUACUCCUUUUAGAUUUCUGUUUGAUGAUGACUGCAGUGAAUACAAGUACUAUGAGUAUCGAAUUCAGGAAGAAGAGAAAGCAUUAGCACAAAGCGAUGACUUACAAAGUACACAAAAUGUUGAUAAGACUGCGUCAACAAGCAGCGUUCCUCGAAGGUCAAGUAAUUUGCAGAACUAUCACACGCCCGCUUCUGCUUUGUAUGAUGUAAAUGAAGCCAGUUCAGUCGAGACUACACUUGCAAGAAGUGGAGAAUCUGCUUCAUCAGUUUCCAGAUCUGAUCCCAUAGCCAUGAUGGAGUAUUACGCGAAGAAAGCAGCAGCAGAAGAGAAGAAAAGACCACCUAAACAAUCAAGAGAUGAGAUGCCUCCCCCAGCGUCUCUUCAAGCUUCUGGAAAGAAAGGUCAUCACAUGGGAGACUACAUACCACUAGAAGAGCUAGAGAACUUUAUGGCUAAAUGCAACGAUGUAGCUGCACAAAAAGUUGCAGAUAAGGCAAAAAUUCAAGCAGAUAAUGUUGGGCACAAGCUUUUGUCAAAAAUGGGCUGGAAAGAAGGUGAGGGCCUGGGCAGUUCUAGGAAAGGUAUUGCUGAUCCUAUUAGGGCCGGUGAUGUAAAGAAAGAUCAUCUGGGUGUUGGUGCCCAGCAACCUGGUGAGGUGACCCCUGAAGAUGAUAUAUACGAGCAGUACAAGAAGCGUAUGAUGCUUGGAUAUCGUCACAGACCAAAUCCUCUGGGAAACCCACGGAAAGCCUAUUAUUGAGGAAUUGUAUGUAGUGACUGUUGUUCCAACGGAACUACUGAUAUGUGGCGUGUUUAAAGAAUUUCAGCUAGUGAUGAGAAGAUGUUAAUUACAGGGAACAUAUUAUAUCUCAUUUAGUAUAGUGCAUAUCAUGCAUUCUCAAUUAUUGUUCUCUAUGAAAUUUUCUCUUAUUCUAAGAUAUCAAGAUAGUGUGUGAAUCCGCUGGAGUAUGUGUAUCUCUGGAGAAAUUAGUUACGGUUUGUUUUGAUACUUAUCAUGGAGUGAAAAUGAAAUCAUUUCAAUUUGAUUG